AUGGCAGAUGAUAUAGCUAAGUUAGAGAUAAAUAAUUCUCUUGAUGAUGAAGAUGUAUCAUCAUCGAAAUUCGUAGAGGGACAGUUCCCCGAACGUAUCAUAUUCCCAGAGGAGUUAAAUAAAUUCUUGCAGAAUCGCAUUCAUGAUUUAACGGCGGAGAAUGAGUGUUUACGACGAUCGUUUGAACAAGCGGAGGAAAAUUUGCGUAACUUGUCGCAAGAAAAAUUGAAUUUGCAAAAUAUAAUAGGGAAGCCGAUCGAACCGGCCACGACAAAAUUGAUCGAACUUGGCAAGAAAUAUAGAAAUCAAACCGCCGAAAUAGAAGCCUUAAAAACAAAAUGCAAGAAUUUAGAAGCCACUUUGGUCAUUAAAGAUGACGAGUUGGAACGCCAAAGAGCGAAAUUACAACGGAUUCUCAAAUCUGAAACACAUAAGAAUUUCGGUGAGAAAGAUGGAAAUCAAGAUAACAUAGGGGAAAAAGAUUCCAGGAGCAAUUCGUCGAGCAAAGAUGAUGAACGAAUUAAAUGUUUGAAAAACAAGCUGCAACGAGUUCAAACAAAACUUUGUGAAUCUAGAAACACAUGCGCUUCGCUUCGGCAAGAGAUUAAUAAAGCACAAAAGUUAUUGUACAGCGAAGUGGGUGAAAAUGUCAACAUCAGCAUACUUUCGAGUGUACCGGGUGGUUGGCGUGGACGAGCUGAGCAAAUUCGAAAUCUGCAACAGAAAGUGGCAGAACUGCAAAUCAGAUUAUCUGAACACGAGAAAUCACAGAAAGAAUCUUCCGUUAUUCUAGAUCGACAAAAUAUGGCAAAUCUCCGAAUUGCUGAAAAGGAAAGACGGCAACAGAUCGAAAAUACAGCGAAGGAACUCAGACAAGCAGAAGUAGCGUUGGAGACUUCGAAGAGGAAGCUUGAUGCUUCCAAAGCGAGAAUAAAAGUAUUGGAACACGAACUAAAUAUUGCGAAGGGAAACAUUGCAAUGCUGAACGAAAAAAGAUCUCACGAUGAUCGUCUGAUCGACGCGUUGAAUGAACGAUUGAAAAUUAUCGAGGCAAGAUAUCAAGAACGCGAAAUGGAAGUACAGAAUAAGGAACAUAAGAUCGAACGUGAGAAUAUGAAUAUUAAGAACGAGCUGCGAGCAACACAAUUGCACGUCGAUCAGUUAUGCAGAAGAUUGGAGGAACGCGAGAUCGAGAUCGAUAAGUUAAAAAAUGGUAUCAUGUCGAAUGAUUCUUUGAAGUGUCGAACCUCGCUUCGUUCAGAUCUCCGGCCAAAAGAGCGCCAAAUUAGUCCACUUACUAGUCCGCGAAGUUCAGGCGAACCAAACGAAUAUGUAACCUUGGCUCUAGCUGCCGAAGCCGAAAGGGUGAGACUAUUAGAACUAGUAACUGUGCUCAAUCAACGAUUGGAUAAAGAAAGAAACGAAGCAAAUGCGCUUAUAGAAUUACUGCGCAAGGAAAAAUAUAAAUGUGCGAAAUUAGAGUCAAAAUUGCGGAACUUGGAAAAAGAAAGAGUAGGACUUGCUAAAGUGGAUUCUGGAUAUAGAGCAAAAUCUUAUACAAAAAUGACAUAUCAAAAACCGGAAGAAGAAACCAUCAAUUCCGAAGAAGUUCGUUUCAAAAUCGAAUUAUUAGAAGAGGAGUGUCUCGCCCUGAAGGCUAGAUUAGAUACUGUACAGCAGGACAAAAUCUCAGAUCUUGCCAUGUACAAACGAAUGCUCGAUCAAGCUCGAAAAACGUUCAAAGAUGCGUGCAGGAAUAAACCGUCAGUCGCCGGUGGAAGUCGUUCUACGAUAACAAUUUAAAGAAGAAAAAGGGGAACAAGAAAAAACGAGCUAGUACACGGAAAAUAAAUUUCAGACUUUAACUUCAGGCAGACCUAUUUUCGCGGAGGAAAAAUAAUUCUAUGUUAUGGAUAAAAUAAAACAUUCUUACACACGGCAGUCGCUUGCGAUCGGAAUAGAUGUAGUAGCAACAAAGCCGCGGCGCGCGGUGAUGUAACUGGGACACGAGAUAAGGUGCAACGCCUCCACGUAAACCCGCGUGACAUCGUCGGAACAAAACUCACAGUUUCGUUUCCACCUCGCGCGUCGUUCCUCUUCAUUCCCUCUUUACACCGCUCUGAUAUUUACCUCGGCCAAUUCGUUUACUCUCCAUUGAUAUAGCGACGGCCGUAAAUUCAUCCCGUUUCUCGUUACUCAAGAGUAGAACGCGAGACGAAUCUCAAUCUUACACUCGAAUCUAGUCGGGAGUUUGAAACUUUCUGAUGACAAUGCGUCUCAAGAGCGUUCAAAUAAGCUUAUAUAUCGCGACACGAUAUAAAUAGCAAAAUGAAAAAAUUCCAUAUACAUGUAUGCCUAUAUUUUUAUAUAAGAUGUUUUAUAAAGUGUAACUUCGUAUAUCGAUAUGCUUAUUCUAUGUAUCUACAAAAUAAAUAAAAUU